AUGUCCUUGCUCAGGAAGGCAAAGUCGACCUCACAGGCUGUGUCCUCGACUGACAACUCACCCCUCUCCCGCAUGUAUAUCGGCAUUCCCAGAGUUGUCUACGAAGUAGGCCACAGCGAGAUCAUCGUGCUCAAGAAGUUUCUUCGUGUCGCCGACGACAAUGUUGACAUGGCACUUGAGCACUUCACUCAAGCUCUGAAGUGGAGGAAGUUUAAUGAUCCAUCCGGCAAGCUCACGAAGAUGUUCGAUCCCAAGAAGUUCGGCGAGAUGGGAUUUGUUUCUCGACACCGUACUGACGAGGGUGGCGGCCGGGUCGUCUUCAUGUGGAAUCUCUAUGGUGUCAUCAGGGACGUCCAAGCAACCUUUGGAGACAUUGCCGAAUUUCUCGACUUCCGGAUUGCCCUCAUGGAGCUGGCUGUCCGAGAGCUGGACCUUUCAAACGCACCAGCCCCAAUGCCCGAAAUCGGCCCAGACCCAUAUCGCAUCAUCCAAGUCCACGACUGUGCCGGGUCGAACCCAUUUGCCGUGUACCCUAAGAUCAAAGAUGCGAUCGCCGAGACAAUCGACAUCUUCCAGGCCAACUAUCCUGAACUCCUGGCCUACCAUCAUUUCGUGCGACUGGGCCAUGUCAACACGUUUCGCAUCAAGUUGCUGAAUACUUUGGUUCCUGAGCUUUUGCGUCCUAAGCUGCUCAGCCUUGGUAGAGUCGAGUUCAAAUCCUCUCUCAAGCGUAAGGACGUUCUUCUUAAGCUAUUCCCGGAUCCAGCAGACCGUCAGCGUUACGGCUUCUCUCUUCCAACAGAGUUCGGCGGAAACACUAGCAGUGUGCAUGAUGGCCGAACUGUUCAGUUUCUCCUCACUGAAAUCUCAAAUGAGAACAUCGCAGAAGAAGAUGUUAAAAGCGUCAGGGUGAUUGUACCACCUGCUCGCAAAGGGGCCCAGGCGAAGGCUAAGGAGCUGACUGCGCACACAGCCACUGCGGUGGCUUCUGACAGUCCUUAG